GGGAGAGCAGAGGAGCGCAGCAGCUGAGUGAGCAAACAUCAGGUUGAAACAUUAGGUUAUCUUUUAAGACUAUCAGACAUCGACCUGUCACUUUUACCGCUUCGAGCCGUGUCCCGUGUACUUGCAGAGAGAGAGGACCCCAGCAGCAGCAGCAGCAGCAGCAGCAGCAGCCGGGUCUGGUCUGCUCUGCUCGGGCAGCCGCCUCUGAAAAAAAACUCCUAAACGCGGUCGUCUCAGCUGGCAUGAGCUAACCUACCACACAGACAUGGAAACCAAACCAUUCUUGUCAUUGGGGUUCUUGAAGCCCCAGUGCUCGUUGGCCCCUCCAAUGCAGCGAGGUCGCUCAGGAGAGGCUUGUUCCUGUUUCAGUGGCAUGUGUCCUCUCCAUCAGCGUCGCAUUUCCUCAGAUUCGUCGGGCCAUUUGACCUCCUCUCCCCUGGGCUCACCCACGUCCCACCGGGGAAUGCACCCGUCUCUACUCAGCCCGACAUCCAUGGGGCCCUCUGGUUCCCUUCACUCUCCCAUCAGCACUCUGAGUUCUACCAUGAACGGCCUGGCCUCACCCUUCUCUGUCAUCAGCUCGCCCAUGGGCCCCCACUCUAUGAACUCAACCGGCAUGGGUUACGGCCACAGUGUCAGCCCCCAGCUAAACUCUCCGAUGAACUCGGUCAGCAGCACGGAGGACAUAAAGCCCCCGCUGGGUCUAAACGGUGUGAUGAAGGUACCUGCCCAGCCCUCAGGAACGACCCUGUCGCUCACUAAACACAUCUGCGCCAUCUGCGGUGACCGCUCCUCAGGUAAACAUUACGGGGUAUACAGCUGCGAAGGCUGUAAAGGUUUCUUCAAAAGGACGGUGCGCAAAGACCUGACCUACACGUGUCGCGACAACAAGGACUGUGUCAUUGACAAGCGCCAGAGGAACCGCUGUCAGUACUGCCGCUACCAGAAGUGUUUAGCCAUGGGCAUGAAGAGAGAAGCCGUUCAGGAGGAGCGCCAGCGAGCCAAGGAGAGAAACGAGAACGAGGUGGAGUCCACCAGCUGCGCCAACGAGGAUAUGCCCGUGGAGAAGAUUCUGGAGGCGGAGCAGGCCGUGGAACCCAAAACCGAAACCUACAUCGAGACCAACCUCGGUGUGCCAUCCAACUCGCCCAACGACCCGGUGACAAAUAUCUGCCAGGCGGCCGACAAACAGCUCUUUACCCUUGUGGAGUGGGCCAAGAGGAUCCCCCACUUCUCUGAGCUGCCAUUGGACGACCAGGUCAUCCUUCUACGAGCAGGUUGGAAUGAACUUCUCAUUGCAUCAUUCUCCCACCGUUCAAUAGCGAUUAAAGACGGGAUUCUGUUGGCGACCGGGCUGCACGUCCACCGUAACAGCGCCCAUAGUGCCGGAGUUGGAGCCAUCUUUGACAGAGUGCUCACAGAACUGGUGUCAAAGAUGAGGGACAUGCAAAUGGAUAAGACAGAACUGGGGUGCCUUCGAGCGAUAGUUCUUUUCAACCCAGACUCUAAAGGUCUGUCCAACCCAGGCGAGGUAGAAGCUCUGAGAGAGAAAGUGUACGCGUCUUUAGAGGCCUACUGCAAACAGAAAUACCCCGAGCAGCCUGGCAGAUUCGCCAAGCUGUUGCUGCGGUUACCAGCGCUGCGCUCCAUCGGCCUCAAGUGUCUGGAGCACUUGUUCUUCUUCAAGCUCAUCGGCGACACGCCCAUCGACACCUUCCUCAUGGAGAUGCUAGAAGCCCCGCAUCAAAUGACAUAAUAGCAGAGUGGGCUCCUCCCCCCAUGUCUCCCACCAGCCCUGGAUCUGGAGCAGGGUCCUUUUUAACAA